AUGCUAGCUCAACGUAUGCUAGCAGGACCUUCCGCUUCUCUUUGCUCUUUGUCUCCCCUUGAGCUGCUUGAUGCUCCCAUACUCGAACGUGUCGCAUUUUACUUGGCUACAGGUCGGUUCAUUGGACCACCGUCGGAAUUGAUCCCUCUCUUGUGCACGUCUCGCACGAUCAAUGCGUCACUCAGGUUCCGCAGCAAUAGCCAUCUAUAUUCUCAGAUUUUUCACCAAAAGUUUGACUGCGCUGCAGUACUACGUCGCCUGUCAUGGGGACGCACCACUGUCGAAUGCUUAUCUGAGGAGCUUCGCAAGCGCAGUACCAUAUUGACUCGUAUACGUCAUCGGAAUGUGGAAAAUUUUACUUCUCUUCAGGAGGACCUCUGGGCAGUCUAUCUCAUGAUGCUCGAAAAUGAUCAUAAAAACAUGGCCCAGUUGUGUCUCUGGGCCGAGCUUCCGAUGUGGAUAGCAAAUGCCAUCGAAGACAAAUGCCAAGUUCCCCGAGAGCAUCCGCUAUCUUGGGUGAACGACAUUGAAGGCACCUCAUUGGCCCUUUGGCUUCUUUGGAUGAGCAGCAACGAAGGGAGCGUCAAGAAUGAAGACCCUAGGGAACGCAAUAAAAUACUGCACCGGCUUGAGCCUUUCCUUGUGCAAGGACAUCGAUUCUCAUCUGCGUACGCUCCCGAUGCGUUUUUCUAUCUGCCUCUUUGUGCAGAACUUGAGGCUGCAAUCCCAUGUACGACGGGUCUGCCACUUCCCAUCUCCCGCGAAGUUGUACACUAUGGUCGAAAAAUUAGGCUCGCUGCACCGCCUUUAGUACCAGCUGCACUCCUGAACUAUGUGAUCAGGUUGGAGGUGCGUUUAGACACUAAUCCAUUACCGUCCGCAGUGGCGCAACUUCCUGCUACGAGAGUACAAGCUACUACAAUGGGAUUGCCUGUUCCGCGGCUUACACAGGAAGAUGUUGUAGACUUUCACUUUCACACUCGCACAAAGUUUUUCGGCGACUAUAACGGCCUUGGCAGCGAGCGCCUUGAUAGUGAAUGGUUUCGAAUUGUAUCAUGUCAUGAUCCGUGGGCUGUUGAUCGACCGCUCCGGGGAGUUUUCUACCGUCUUGGGACAUUAACCGGACACCGGAAUGGUCGUGCUUUGAUUCCAUACCUACAGGCUCACAUGGAAGCUAACAUGCGUAAUCGACGACCUUCGGUACAGGGUGUUACUUGGGCGCACGAGCGCAUAUCUUGCGUGUUCAAAGAACAUCAUUGUUUAAACCCCGAUGAACCUAUCCCUGCACCUGCCGAAGCUCAUGGGUGGGGCGAGGAUAUCCUCAACGGUUGGUUGCCCCGUCGGCUGGAGAUUAAACAUGGAGCAGAUAGCCUGACAUUAGAUGAUCCGGAUACCGGGAGGACCGUACGUUAUGAAACAUACCAUGCUGAACGCGAAAACCCCUACUCCAUGCCGUUCAAGAAGAGCUCCGAGUGGCGUGGUGAUUUGCCCAUUGAGACCGUAAGCGAGGAUUCGCCCCACGAAACGGACGACGACUAUGAGGAAGUUUGUGAGGAAAGAUCUAGUGGUGUCACCGACAUUAUCAUCACGGGAGAGACGUACGAACGCGAGGGCCCUGCUUGGGGUUCUUUCUCUUUCAUUGGCCGAGUAAGACCAUGGGAUGGCUUUGUUGUUCUGCUGCGGCUGCCAACGCACGUUGCCCAUUCAUAUCAUGGUCGCUGGAUAUUCAAAGGUUACGUACACGAGCGUAGCCUUGUUGGGCGCUGGCGUGAAACUGGCACUGCAGUUGACCAGGUAGGCUACGAGGGCGGAUUUGUGCUUUGUAAGGUGGAUGAAAAUUCUACAGAUGUGGUUUGA